AUGUUGCCCCCAUUACCGCUACAGACAAAGCCGACACUCUUGCGGCGGUGGGCUGUGAGAGUGAGCGCGCUGUUGACUAUUAUCGGAACGUUGUUGAUACUGCUCAACGAGCAGCCGUGUCCUUCGAUUCGAGAUUUACAACCACACCGCUUACCAUCGAUUUUAGGAUCGUACGGUUUCGGUCUGAUAAGCACAAGGGUCUCAUCCUUCAGCACGGAGCCGUCAUCCGAUAGCAAGCCUAGGACUCCGGGAUACAUGUUCUCCAUUCCAGAUGGUCGCUCACCCGCAAUCUAUGAUCAAGAUGGCGAGUUGAUCUGGCAAGAAAGACGCAAUGUACCGACGCAAAAUCUCCGCGUCCAGACCUUUCGUGGUCAGGAUUAUCUCACAUAUUGGACCAAAGAGCCUUUUGGCCCUGGUCGCUAUGCUAUGCUUGAUUCCAGCUAUACCGAACGAUUUAUCGUCACGCCAGUCGGCAUGGUAAUUGAUUCGCUGCACGACUUCACGGUAACCCGCCACGAUACUGCCCUAAUAGCAGCACACUACAAACGACGAGCUGAUCUAUCCGCCAUCGGUGGAGCCGUCGAUGGAUGGAUCCUAGAUGGAAUAUUUCAAGAAAUCGACAUCGUCACGGGAACUUUGCUAUACGAGUGGCGGGCAGCUGAACACGUGCCCAUUCCAAACACCCUAAAAGCACUCGACAAUGGGGAAGGAACAGAGGACCAGCCGUUCGAUUAUUUCCACCUCAGCGGUGUUGAUCAAGGCCCUUCGGGCGACUAUCUCGUUUCAGCGGGGCAUAUGCGCUCAGUGAUGUCGGUUGAUGCUAGUACCGGUCAAGUGCAAUGGAACCUAGGAGGGCGAGCCAAUGACUUUAGAGGGUUUGAUGGUCGUCCGAUUGUUGAUUUCACAUGGCCACAUAAUGCGCGAUGGAGUGAGAAUGGAACCAUGAUGGUGAUGGAUAAAGGAGGGUCGGCCGCGGGGAGGAGCCGUGGUAUGACCAUCCAAAUAAACCCACAUACGUCGCAAGCCGUUCUGCGACAAGUCUAUCGUGGUCCGGUGGAGCCAAAAGAACCCUCUGAUGGAGACAUGCAGAUCUCGCAAGACACAGGGAAUGUCCUCAUUAGUUGGGGCGGAGGCUGCGGACUCAGCGAGUUCACCGCUGACGGUAAACUCUUGAGUGAGAAUCACGUCCGAGAUCCACCAUCUGGUGUCAGCUUUUUAAGAACAGUCACGCCAUCUCGUGUUUCCAAACACACAUGGACCGGCAAGCCUUUGACCAAACCCACGGCCAAGACUUCAAGACACGGAUUGCAAGUUCACUGGAAUGGAGCCACCGAAGUCGUUGAAUGGCAGCUUGACUUUAAGGAACCGCGCCUCUCAUCCCAAGCCGAUGACUCUUACCCUUAUCAUGGAAUUGGCCGUUUCAAAAAGACCGGAUUUGAAACUUUACUCGGAGUCCCACCGCUCAAGGGGAGAACCCGUUACUUCCUCCGUGUUGCAGCAAUAGACCAGCAAGGACAGGUCUUGGGCUAUACGGAUGACGUUGAAUGGCAACAGGCGUGGACGGGCAGUGAAUUGUCCCAGUCGCAAUUCCGAGUUCUGGCUGGUGUAUGUCUAUUCGGCGCGUUGUUGACUUUGUUGAGCACGCUGCAUAUUUGCUUGAAGAGUGAAGUUUUCGACGUGAAAAUGAGCUCAAUGAUAGCAAACCUCGGCCUCACGGCCACCAACUAUACAUCAGCGCUCCUCCUCUGGAACUAUACCUAUGCAUACAUGCUUACAUCCCCUCGCAUUCUCAAAAUCCGAGCCGGGAUGGACCACAACACCAAUCCGCGCUAUGAUCUGGUCAAGUAUGGCGAGCGCGCCGUCGCAGAGGGUAAGAUAACCCGCAAGCAACUUCUGCAAAUGGAGCGGUCUGCAUCGGCGCAUGCAAAUACCAUCGAGACCUUUGCCUUUUUUGCUACUACCAUCGUACUUAUGAACGUGGCCAAACUCGAUGCUGGGACCAUCAACUUGGUCGGCUUGGCCUACUCUAUUUUCCGUAUUGGCUAUACACAGGCGUACGUCCAUAUCGAGGACCACAAAUUGAGUUUUAUACGGUCCGCUCUGUGGCAUUUUGGCAAUUUUAGCUGCUUUUAUGGGAUUUGGUGCGCUGGCAAGGCUCUACAAGCGUAG